CACCGGCAACACCGAGUUCUGUCUGUAUCUGUAAAUAAAAAUUAAUUCUUAUUUUUCAUAUAUUUUUCGUUUUGUUUGCGCAGCGAUUGACAAAUUGGUUUUGAAAAUUAAAUGUGCAUUUUGUGUAGUGUAACUGUUUUAAUUACAAUAAAAUUGGAUUAUUUUAUUCAGUUUUUAAAGUAAUAAAUCUGAAUUUGCAAACGUUUCAUAAUGGCCCCCUUUGUUUGUUACCUUUUUUUAACUUUUACCUUAGACAUAGCUGUUUCUGCUUUGAAACUGUCAAUUACAAACAAUGGACCUGCUGUGCUGGGCUCCAACGUUACUUUUAGAGCAAUUGUAUCAGAUUACAACGAAGAAACUCUUAAAUAUUCAUUUUUUGAUGAUUUGCGACAUAGUGAGUCUUUUAUCGAAGCGAAAAACUCAUGUACAUGGAUAGUAGAAUAUCCACGUCAUUUGUAUAAAGCUGGACAAUAUGUUACUAAAAUUUCCCUGGAGAAGAAUUUCUUAGGUAUAUGGUGGCCAGUUUCAACAAGUAAAACUGUAUUUCAGUUAACAGAUUCGCUAAAUGGUAAAUUAGUACUGAAUCAGAACAAUAUAGACAGGCCAAAUACUUUUGUUGCUGUCAAUAAACCAGUUUACCAUUAUGUGAAGCUACCAGAAAAGGAAAUGAGUUUUUUGAAGCAAAACGCGUCUACGAUUAACACCUACUGGUUUAUAGAUUGUGUCUUAUAUGAUAACACAAUAGAUUUCUCAUUUAAUUACACUUACGGUGACGUGAUGAGCAGUCACCAUAUCGAGGCUAUUGUAGUGGCUAAUAAUCAACCAGUACCACCUAUUACAACUACAACUACAACUACAACGACAACAUCAACAACUACCACAACAUCAACAACAACAACCACUACCACGACACCCAAACCUCCAACGACCCAGUCUUCAACGAGCCCUAAAACUUUAAGCACGAAGACAGUUAAACAAGGAUCCACUGCAGCGACAGAACCUACACCGGCCACUGUAAUUAAAAAUUCUACGGAAGUUCAUAAAAUUAAAAAAAGAGGUAUUUCGAACAGAACUUCAAAGAAAACGCCAGCAGUAUACAAAUGCAAUAAUACGAUUACUGUCGGUGAAAAUUACACAGUCGGACGAUUUGAACAAAUAGUCAGUGUUAGAGAGCCUAUAACAACAGUUAAUAUUAGUGGCCGAAAUUGGCUACAGCACGGAGAUUUAUUGGAUCUUAAGGUCACGUACGCAGGAUCGCCUCCAUUUGACUAUUGUGUCCAGUACAAAGUGGGACAAUACAAUGUGACCGGAAACGAAACUUGUGCUAAGACAACAACAACACACGCGACAGAUUUCCGUUUCAUUCAUUAUUUCCCGGACAGCGACCAGCACACUGUCGUCAUCAUUAUUGAGAAUGAAAUAACGAAGAUCGUUUCUAGGGAGACUGUUACUAUCUAUCGAGCUGCGGUACCCACGCAGUUAUCUGUGAUCGUGGUGCCAGUGUUUUUCUGCCUCGUUGCGGUGAUUCUCGUAGUGUUCGGUAUUGCAUAUUAUCAACACAGAUCAAGGUACACGAUAGAAGUUGCAGAUUUCGAUUUCGGCCAGGAGAAUCCGGAAUAUAAAACGUUCAGCGAACGACUUCACGACAGCUUCAGGGACGCGUUCCACUUCGGACGUGGAGACGAAGCGGAGCCGCUCACACCGGACACUAGAUAUGAUUCCAUGACGUAAACCCUGCCGUUUCGAUGUAAGAUUGAAGAAGUGCGGUUGGCGUCUCGAGAUGAGUGCUUUAACAGAUCUUGGAAUAGACGGUUGACGAAAUCACCCGCCCCCCAACUCCCCUCCCCCUUCCCCCGAAAGAUAAGUGGAUCUCUCAAUUAUUUUCAUUGAAGAUUUAAUCAUGUUAUAUCUUGGUCGUAUCGCAAUCAAAGUAUUCUUAAAAUAAUAGAUUAAAAAGGAAUUGUUAUUAGUAUGACCCUAUAAAAUUGCUAUAAAAAUGUCCAGGUUUCUUGAACACUUAUUUUGGGGCAAUAACUGUAUCUCUACGUGUCAAGCUAAAUUCAUGAACGUUCCAUUUUUUUUACUGAUCUGUCGUUAGUUUUUCGACAGGCAAAAGGUCGGAUAUGCGUGAUUAAAAAACUUUUCGAAUUGAAGACUUCUUAUUGUAAUGGGUUUUAGUCUAUUUAAUGCAUUCGUCCAUUGGAAGCGUAAGUGUAAAGAAUUGAUAAACAAUAUAGCGUAGAGCUAAUGCUAAUUAUAACAGAAAAUGAAAUCAGACCUUAUGCUUUUGACUUCGAAAUUUCUUAAUAAUAUGUAAUAAAAUAAACUAAUUUAUCGGUUUAAUCUCGUAUUUUUUGUUUGGCAUUAUAGUAUUUUUGUGGUAGGCAGC